AUGAGUGACACUGAAGAGGAACCAGGAGAUAAUAAUGGCACAUGGCCAACAGGUCCUGUUAGUUCUGCAAUUUGGGUGGAUGAGAGCUCAGAGCUUCCUGAAGAGUAUAUACAACAAAUGAGAAAUCUUUCACUAAGAAGCCAUCAACAUUCAGACAGCUCUGUACUGAGUAGAGAUGAUGAACAUGAAACAACAGUUAAUGAUGUGCAUGUGACUGCUACAGCAUCUGAACAACAGGGAUCACGAGAGAAGCAAACUGCAAGAUCAAGAUCUGUUCCCUCUAGUGCACGGCCACCAGGCACUAUUUGGUGUCCAAUUUGCAUGGAUUUUUACUCACAGAUUCUGCGAAGUGAACGACUGCUUUUGUCAACCCUGUGCGGCCACAUCUUCUGCAGUCGGUGCCUCCCUGUUGCCAUUGAGAUUAUCAGAGCUUGUCCAACCUGCAGCAGAGAACUCACUCACAGAGAAUAUCAUCCCAUUUAUAUGUGA